UAUCGCGGUUUUCUUAAUCUUGCUGUGAUUUCUCGUGCGUCGUGUAUAUAUAUCUGCGUACCACCAACUCCAGAAAACAAGAUGGUUCUCUGCAAGAAGUGGACGUUGGCGAAGCCAUUCAUCGGAAAAGUCACCCCUGAUAACUUCAAGCUUGUUAAGGAAGAUAUUCCAGAAAAAUUGAAUGAUGGAGAGCUGUUGUGUGAAGCAGUUUAUUUGACUGUUGAUCCAUACAUGAGAUUUGAAGCUGAGACCGACAAUGCAGUAGGCAAUACACUUUUCGGAGAGCAAAUCGCAAAGGUAAUUGUCAGCAAGAACGCCAAAUAUCCCGUGGGUUCUAUCGUACGCUUGCGUGCAGGAUGGCGCACGCACACUUUGGUAAAAGACGCCGAGAAAGAGAUCUCCCGCUCAGCAGAAAUGGGUGACCUCCCCUUGUCUCUCAUGAUGGGAGCCAUGGGUAUGCCUGGCAUGGCGGCUUAUUUUGGCUUUUUGGAACUCUGCCAACCGAAAGCAGGUGAGACGGUGGUGGUUAGCGGUGCCGCGGGGGCGGUCGGGAGCUUGGUGGGACAGAUCGCAAAAAUCAAGGGAUGCAAAGUGAUUGGAUUCGCCGGAACUGAGGAGAAGUGUAAGUGGAUCAAGGAAGAACUGGGCUUUGACUUUGCCUACAACUACAAGAAAACGGAUGUCGACACGGCUCUGAAGGAAGCUGCUCCUGACAACAGCGUGGACUGCUACUUUGAUAAUGUCGGUGGUAUGUUUACUGUUAAGGUCCUGACCCAUAUGAAGACAUUUGGGAGAGUUUCAAUUUGUGGCUCCAUUUCCAAUUAUAACGACACCAGUGUACCAACAGGACCACUGCCUUUCUUUAGCAUAAUGAAAUCCCAGCUAAGAGUAGAGGGAUUCCUGGUGUUAAGGUGGUAUUCAAGGUGGGAAGAAGGGGAAACCGCCAUGCUCCAAUGGAUUAAAGAGGGCAAAAUUAAAUACAAAGAACAUGUGACGGAAGGAUUUGAAAAGAUGCCUGAUGCUUUUAUGGGUUUAUUUGAAGGACGCAACACCGGAAAAGCUAUUAUAAAAAUGUGAUGAGAAUUUUUUUUUAAAAUAAUAUUGUACGGGUACAAUAGUUUGGUUUUUUUUAAUUAUGCACUGUAAAUGACGUAAUAAAUAUUCAAUGUUCAGUUGUUCA